AUGAAGAAUCAAUAAUUGGUCAUUUAAAACGUUUGAGUGGUAAUGUAAAUUGUUCGUUAAAAGAAAUAACUAAUGCUUAUCGAAUUUUACAAGAAUGUUUCCAAACUUUAACUCAUCAACAUUUACAAUUAAUUAAAAUAGCAGUCGAAUGUUCUAAUGUUAUUCACAUGAUGAAAAAAUCUGAUCUUUACUCUCAGCAUGGUCGACGUCGUUUUCAAGAGCUACGAGAUAAUUUAACAACACAAUUUCAAUUACAAGAAUUAAAUAAUAUGAUAUUGAAUUCAUGGAUUAUAUCUUAUACAUUAAUUGAACCAUUCAUGUUUAAAGCAAAGAAUUUCGAUGAUUUUGUUCUUCGUCUUGCUCAAAUAACGAAUUUAGAAGAAAGCUCAUUGAAUCAUAUCAAAGGUAAGUUUCAGUCAUAA